AUGAGCAAUCUUACUUCAAUAUCCAUCUUUCUGCUGAAAGAAUUCUCAGAAGUUCGAAAACUACAAAUCUUACACUUCUUUCUGUUCCUAGGAAUGUACAUGACAACAGUGACUGGGAAUCUUCUUAUCGUUGCAGCGGUAGCCCUUGAUCAUCAUCUGCACAAACCUAUGUAUUUUUUCCUAACAAACUUGGCACUGAUGGAUGUUGGCUCCGUUUCUGCCAUCAUACCGAAAUCAAUGGUCAAUUCCAUCAUGAACAGCAGGUCAAUUUCAUAUUCUGGGUGUGUGGUUCAAGUUUUCUUCUUCUUCUUCUUUUCAGCAUCAGACCUUUCCCUUCUAAUGGUAAUGGCACACGAUCGGUUUGUUGCCAUCUGCAACCCUUUACAAUAUGAGACAAUAAUGCACAAAGCAGCUUGUAUUCAGAUGAUCGUCACUGUGUGGAUUACAAGUCUUCUUUAUGCCAUGUUACACACUUGUGGCACGUUUGCAAACACCUUCUGUUCAAACACUGUCAAUCAAUUUUUCUGUGAAAUCCCAAAGUUGCUGAUGCUCUCCUGCUCUAACAUUUACCUAGUUGAAGCAGGGUUUAUUUUGAUAGGGGUUUUUAUAGGAAUAGGAUGCUUCAUUUUCAUCAUCAUAACAUACAUGCAGGUGUUUGCUGCUGUGCGCAAAAUUCCUUCAGUACAUGGUAAGAAAAAAGCCCUCUCAACUUGUCUUCCCCACCUCACAGUUGUCUCUGUGUUUGUGUUCACUGCAAUCUUUGCCUAUGCACGGCCUCCCAGUAGUGUUUCUUCUGAUUUGGAUAUAUAUUUUUCUGUUAUAUAUACCAUAAUUCCUCCUAUGUUGAAUCCAUUCAUCUACAGCAUGAGAAACAAAGAAAUCAAAACUGCUUUGUGGAAACUCUUACAUUUAGGGCAUUCUUCUAAAAGUAUAUUUAGAGUUCUAUAA